CUGAUCUUGAAUUCCUGAAUAUAUGUUGCUUGUAAUCACUAAAUGAAAGGCAUAUUCCUCAGCUCCUUAGGUCACUCAGGCCAAAUCAAAAGGGAAAUUCUAUCUAGUUUUGUUUAAACGACUAAUGAAAAUCAGACCAACGGUGUUGCAAGUGACAAAAGAGUUUGAGGUACCGAAAAACACCGUCGUUUAAAUCCUAUUUAAAACCAUUUUUCCCUGAGUUCUUUCUUUUUUUUCUUCAAUCUGUUUUUGUUUUUUAUAUAUUAUGGCCACUAUUACCGAAGCAACCUACAAGUCUAGUGCUAAUUAUCUUCGUGCCAACUUGCCACAAGACUUUCAAAAUAUUGAUCUCGGUGUCAUUUGCGGUUCAGGUCUAGGUGGUUUAGUGGACACUUUGGACGAAAGGACAAAGGUCGAAUUCUCAUACUCAGAUAUUCCUGGCUUUGUCUCCAGUACAGUUGCUGGGCAUGUCGGUAAGCUUGUUUUUGGUCACUUGGGUGAAUCACGUACACCUACUGUCUUCAUGGUUGGUCGCUUCCACUUUUAUGAAGGCUAUUCUAUGCUUCAAGUCACCUUGCCUGUUCGUGUGAUGGCACUUUUGGGUAUCAAAUACCUUGUGGUGACCAAUGCUUGUGGUGGUCUUCAACCUCAACACAAGGUGGGUGAUUUGAUGAUCAUUAACGAUCAUCUUUCUCUCCCUGGUAUGGUAGGUAACAAUGCGUUAAUGGGUCCCAACUUUGAAAGCUUCGGUACUCGUUUUCCUGCCGUGUCUGAUGCCUAUACCUAUGCUCUUCGUAAAUUAGCUUUCAAGGCUGCCUUUGAAGUCGGUAUUGAUCAAAAUGAUAUCCGUGAAGGUGUAUACUGUAUGGUGACUGGUCCUAGUUUCGAGACUCGUGUUGAAGCCCGUUAUUUGGCUUCGAUUGGUGCCGAUGUUGUUGGUAUGUCUACCAUUCCUGAAGUAGUCGUUGCUCGUCAUGCAGGUAUUAAGGUAUUGGGUAUCAGUUUGAUUACAAACGCAGUCAUUACUGCUAGAGGCAAAGACGCCAAAUUAGAAGUUUUGAGAGAGAUGGGAUUGUCUAAUGAAGUUGAUCAUGAAGUCGAUACUGAAAAGACAAUUGCUAACCAUGCUGAAGUCUUGGAAACCAGUGCUAAGAGAUCCACUGAUAUGCAACACAUGGUUACCCGCUUUGCUCGCUUAAUUCUUUUUUUCUUUUUUUUUCUUUCUCAACUUUUUCUUUAUUCCAAAAUGUACAACUUAGCAAAGGUUGCCCAUCAACGUCUCUAUCCUACUUUGACACGUAACACUGGUGUUCUCUCCACUGCUUCCCGUGCUUACAGCUCAGGUGUCAAUGGUCCUGUCAUUGGUAUUGAUUUGGGUACUACUAACUCAUGUGUCUCCAUUAUGGAAGGCAAGAACCCCAGAGUUAUUGAAAACGCUGAAGGUACUCGUACCACUCCUUCCGUUGUUGCUUUCACCAAGGAUGGUGAAUUGUUGGUUGGUCAAGCUGCUAAGCGUCAGGCUGUAGUCAACUCUCAAAACACCGUCUAUGCUACUAAGCGUUUGAUCGGUCGUCAAUUCAAGGAUCCUGCUGUUCAAGCUGAUAUUCCUGCUGUUUCUUACAAGAUUGUUCCUCACAGCAACGGCGAUGCUUGGGUUGAAGCCAACGGUAAGAAGUACUCUCCUUCUCAAAUUGGUGCUUUUGUUUUGGGUAAGAUGAAGGAAACUGCUGAAGGUUACCUCAGCAAGAAGGUCAAGCAUGCUGUCAUCACUGUCCCUGCUUACUUCAACGAUGCUCAACGUCAAGCUACCAAGGAUGCUGGUAAGAUUGCUGGUCUUGAAGUUAUGCGUGUCAUCAACGAACCUACUGCCGCUGCUUUGGCUUAUGGUCUCGACAAGUCUGGCGACUCCACCAUCGCUGUUUACGAUUUGGGUGGUGGUACCUUCGAUAUCUCCAUCCUUGAAAUCCAAAACGGUGUCUUUGAAGUCAAGUCUACUAACGGUGAUACCGCUCUCGGUGGUGAAGAUUUCGACUCUCACCUCGUUCGCUACGUUGUCAAGGAAUUCAAGGAUGAAUCUGGUAUUGAUCUUUCUUCUGACCGUAUGGCCAUUCAACGUAUUCGUGAAGCUUGUGAAAAGGCCAAGAUCGAAUUGUCCUCUACUGUCUCCACUGACAUCAACUUGCCUUACAUCACUGCUGAUGCUACUGGUCCCAAGCACAUCAACUCCAAGUUGACCCGUGCCAAGUACGAAGGUCUUGUUGGUGACCUCAUUCAACGUACUGUUUCUCCUUGUGAAAAGGCCAUGAAGGAUGCUGGUAUUGCUAACAAGGAUGUCAAUGAUGUCAUCUUAGUCGGUGGUAUGUCUCGUAUGCCCAAGGUUGUUGAAACUGUCAAGAACGUCUUUGGUAGAGAACCCUCCAAGUCUGUUAACCCCGAUGAAGCUGUUGCUAUUGGUGCUGCCAUUCAAGGUGGUGUCUUGGCCGGCAGUGUUACUGACAUCUUGUUGCUCGAUGUCACUCCUCUUUCCUUGGGUAUUGAAACCCUUGGUGGUGUCUUCACUCGUUUGAUUAACCGUAACACCACUAUUCCUACCAAGAAGUCUCAAGUCUUCUCCACUGCUGCUGAUGGUCAAACUCAAGUUUCCGUUCGUGUCUUCCAAGGUGAACGUGAACUCUGCCGUGACAACAAGCUUUUGGGUGACUUCAACUUGACUGGUAUUCCUCCUGCUCCUAAGGGUGUUCCUCAAAUUCAAGUCGAAUUCGAUAUUGAUGCCGAUGGUAUUGUCAACGUCAGUGCCAAGGAUAAGGCCACUAACCGUGAUCAAUCCAUGACUAUUGCUGCUUCUUCUGGUUUGAGCAAUGAUGAAAUUGAAAACAUGAUUCAACAAGCCGAAGCCAACGCUGAAGCUGAUCGUGCUCGCCGUGAAACUAUUGAAAUGGCCAACCGUGCUGACUCUGUUAUGUCUGAAACUGAAAAGGCCAUGGAUGAUUUCAAGGAACAACUUGAUAAGGCUGAAGCUGAAAAGCUUAAGGAAAAGAUCACUGCUCUCCGUGGUGAAGCCUUGAAGGCUCAAUCCGGUGAUGCUGGUGUUAACCCCGAAGAACUCAAGGCCAAGAUUGAUGACCUUCAAUCUAGCUCUUUGAAGCUCUUUGAAAUGGUUUACAAGAACCGUGCUCAACAAAACGAAGGCGCUUCCGAUAACAACAACACCAACAACAACGGUGCCAACCCUCAAUAAGUUUCAUAUUUAAAUAUCCCUCUCCAUACAUACUUUCUCCCUUCUCCUUGUAGAUUAUUCUAUUAAAAAUACUGUAGACAUUUAAAAUAAAUCAAAUAAUACAUAUCAUUAUUAUUAAUUUGUGUAAUUUA